AUGUAUCAUCUCUGGAAGCUCGCGCUGAACCCCUUGACAUCUGCUCUGUUGCUUGUGAUUGUAUCCUUCUUGCUAUGCCAUACUAGCGUGGUGACGAGUUUGGCUGUUUGUUUUGCCCUUGGGUUGUGUUAUUACAGUAUGAGUCCACGAUUUCAGGCGAAUUACGAUAUUUGGCGACGAUUAGCACAUGGACGUUCACAUCCCGUUCGACUUGCUGACAUGGAAAUUAUGACGGAAACUAGACCAAUCGUCAUUGUUUCUUUUUGUGAAAAAGGUAUCAGUUGGUUUGAUCACGCAUUAAUGUAUGCAAACUCCGAUUUUGGCCGAUUUGGUCCUUGGGCUUGUUUCUGUCUUGUAAAUCCGUUAACAUCUUCUUUUCGUAUGCCACUCGCACGUUUUGUAUUACGAAAAAUGGGUGGUAUACUGGAGUAUAGACGUGAAGUCUUUAUUGAUUUAAUGAAACGUAGAAACCUUCAUGUUUCUGUUAUCUUGUAUGAUCAGUUUGUUGGGUCUAAUGCUGGUGAAAUGCCUGUACGACUUCAAAAUAAAGGCAUGUUUGGGGCUUUUUUGCGGCUGCAUGCGUUCAUUGUGCCUGCAGUGGCUUGUUGUGAUGGGAAUGUGCGGUUGGGUUCUCUUCUCACACCGGCCUGCAGUGGGAAAGUACCGGCGCCUUUGGAAGUGCGGAGGGCCGUGAAGCUGUUUGCAGAGGAACUGCAACGAUUACAUGUGGAGGUGUUUGAUUCCGUGUUGGAGGUGGAGGAUUAA